AUGACUAUUCUUUAUCAUCCGGGUAAAGCAAAUGUGAUAGCAGACGCUUUGAGUCGGAAGGCGGUUAAACCGUGGGGUAAAGAUUUGCUGAGGGAGUCCUUGGACAAGGUCAAGUUGAUCCAAGAUAGACUUCUCAUGGAUCAGAGUAGGCAAAAGAGUUAUGCGGAUCGAAAGGUUGGUGAUUUAGAGUUUAUGGUUGGAGAGAGAGUUCUACUAAAGGUUUCUCCUAUGAAGGGUGUGAUGAGAUUUGAAAAGAAGGACAAUUUGAGCCCAAGGUAUAUUAGUACUUUUGAGAUUGUGGAGUGUAUUGGUGAGGUGGCAUAUCAGUUGACUUUGCCACUUGGGUUGUCGGGUGUUCAUCCCGUAUUUCAUAUUUUAAUGUUGAAAAAGUGUCAGUUGGGUGGUGCUCAUGUGAUCCAAUGGGAUUCAGUGUUUCUUGAUCAUAAUUUAACUUUUGAGGAGGAGUCGACAACCAUGUUGGAUAGGAAAAUUCGGAAGUUGAGGUCCAAGAAGAUUGCUUCUGUAACGGUCCAUUGGAAGAAUCGUCCAGUGGAGGAGGCUACAUGGGAGACCAAGUCAGACAUGAAGAGUAGAUAUCCUCAGCUUUUUAAGCGUUCAGCUUGCCAACUUGAAGAUACGGUUGCCGAGUUUGACAAUCUUCCAAAGCAACUCGGCGAUCUGGGUGGAAGUUUGGUGGUGCGCUGA